CAGGGCGCAGCGCAGCUUCAUUUAUCUUAAUUUUUUUAGUUUCUCCCUAGAAUUACACACUUUAAGUGCAAAUAUUAUACAUUUAAGCAAUAUACUGAGUGUGUAUAGUGAAUAUAUAAAGGUAUUAGUGUUUCAUCGUACUUGUUACGAGAUAGAGUUUAUCGUGUGAUUCAUGGUAAUAAUGUGAACAGUGACGAAGUCUGAAGUGCGCGAUAACACGCCUCCGUUGUUCUCAGUCACCUUAAGCCCGUAUAAUGACUUGUGUUAAAUUUAUGCAAUCGCAUCUGUGUCUUAUAUAAAAUCGAUAUUUCGCUAGACUUAUCAUAGACGUUAAAGAAUAGCCUUCGCAGAAUCUCACUCUUCACGUUUUAUUAGCGACAUAACAACUGUUCGUUGAAAUAGUAACAAUUGCAUCACUUGAAUAAAUAAAUAGUCGUCAUUAUUUAAUUUGAAUACGUUUGGCGGUCGUAUUUGUAUUCAGUGCGCGAUUGUUGCGCCAGAGGUCGCCCCUCGCUCGUAUCCGUGAAGUUGCCGUGCUUGCUUGCGUUCGCCGUUCGCCAUCCAUCGGCAUCGGCCAGUCAGUCCGCACUCCGCGCGAUCUUCGCGUCAUUGCAGUCGUCUCAAAACAAAUAGGUAGCUAGGGCUCCAGUGGAGUCCUAUAAUUAAAAUUUUUCGAGUUUACAUAGUAACAGUGUUGCAGUGCAGUGGUUUUGUGAUCUUUUGUGUUUUUUGAUAAUCGGAUAGCGGGCGUGUGAGCCCGCAAGUACGGCGCAGAUCAAUACGUGUAGCAUGGCGCAUUCAGAAUGAGCCAAGGGGGCUCACGACGGCCCUACUCGCGCGGGGGCCCGCGCUGGCACCCUCGCUAUAAGGAUUAUUGGGACUACGAACAAAAUUACAGCGAUGGCAGCAGCGCCGGCAGUCCAAAGGAGGCAUGCGUCGCGCAGUCUCCGCCGCCGGCGCCGGCGAAACGGCAACAGCACCAUCACCACGGCCACCACGAUCAGCGGCGGUUGAGCGUCGAGGUACGAGUCAGCCCUGGCGCGGCCGGCACGUCGACGGACUCAUCACACAUGCAUCACCCGCCUCAUCAUCAUCACAAUAUGGACACAAAUCCCUUAGAAGGUCCAGUCGAGUCAAUAGUCUCCGGGGCGGGAUCUUCAGACGGCGAACUGUCGAGCAAAGCGGGCGACAGUCCGAGCAGGAAGCGACGUAGGAUAUGCAGGCACUUGUCCUCCGGUGAAAGCAACGUUUCAGUUGCGACGCCGGCCGUCGAGCGACGGACGCCGAGACACCAUUAUCAACCUAGGCGGCGAGUACGCUACAUGAGCGGUGGCAACGGUGCCGUGUGUCCCCAACACCGCAUACUGGAACAUGCGCCCCAUGCGCACCCGCACCAACACCCUCAUGCGCAUGCGCACGCACACCAGCAUCCGCAUGCGCACGCUGCGCCGCUGCUGCUGGAUAUUAACCAGAUGUCACUCCGUGGCGCGAGAUUAAAUGCACUCGGCGGUGGUGUAGGCUGGCCCCCGCACCACCACACACACCCUCAUGCGCAGCAUCCUCAUGCACAUGCGCAGCAUCAUGCGCAGCACCCGCAUGCGCAUGCGCAACACCCACAUGCGCAUGCGCACCCGCACGCGCACCACCAUGCGCACACGCACAGGGACCAGCGGACGCAGGUGGCGAGCAUCGCCGGUGGCGAGAUGUGGCCCGCCGUGCUGCCGGCGCUGCCGCAUCCGCUGCGCUAUCAGAUGGGUGGUAUGUACGCGGGUCUGCAGUACCACGGCAGUUUCGCGCCGCCUCCACCGCCGCGGGGGCCGUUCGCAUCCCCACCGCAUCCGCACACGCAUUAUAUAACGAAUUCUCAGCGUGCGGAAGGCGGUCGUUUAGACAUGUUGGGAGGUGGGGAGGGUACGUUAUCCCCUCUCCAGGCCACGCCCGAUCUACACCAUGCGCCUCUGCUGUUGGCUACAGAGGCGCAAAGGACACCAAUAGAAUUGAUGGCGUCACACCACGCGAGACACGCGUUAUCACAUCACCACCACCAACGGCGCAACGGCGGCGGCGUCGGCGUCAGCGUGAGCGGCGGCGUCGGCGUCGGCGUCGGCGUCGUCGGCGCCGGCUCGCGCGGCCGCCCGUACGUGCGCACCGCGCCGAGGUGGACGCCGCACCCGCACGCGCACCCGCAUGCACAUGCGCAUGCGCACGCGCACACGGUGCAUCAUAUACAUGCGCAGGGUGGUGGCGGUCUUGUGAACGCAUUGCCGCAGCUGCACGUGGCGUCGCCGCUGUCUCUGCCCCCCCCUCCCCCCACCUACCAGGUGUUUCUCAACCUGCUCGCCAUGUUCCCGCUGUCUCCCUACGGCGAGCCCCGAGGCGAUGAUGGCGCAGACUCGCCGGAGACGGAGAACUACGAGGCGCUGCUGUCGCUCGCGGAGCGGCUCGGCGAGGCGAAGCCCCGCGGGCUGGCGCGCCACGAGAUCGACCUGCUGCCCAGCUACAAGUACUGCGAGCAGACGCACCAAGGUGAGGCCCCGUGCUGCAGGUGGGGCUCCCACAACUACGAGGCGCUGCUGUCGCUCGCGGAGCGGCUCGGCGAGGCGAAGCCCCGCGGGCUGGCGCGCCACGAGAUCGACCUGCUGCCCAGCUACAAGUACUGCGAGCAGACGCACCAAGGCGAGCAGACCUCGUGCGUGGUGUGCAUGUGCGAGUUCGAAGCGCGACAAACGUUGCGCGUGUUGCCGUGCGCGCACGAGUUCCACGCCAAGUGCGUCGACAAGUGGCUACGGUCGAACAGAACGUGUCCAAUAUGCCGCGGGAACGCGUCAGAGUAUUUCAACAACUCGGAGUGACUCUAACAAAAGUCGUCCUUAUUGCUUCAUGCAUAAGGGCGAGAAUGCUACGCGACAAACUGUACGGUUCCAUAUCUAUAUACUACACACAAGAAUAUUUUGAAUUUCGAAUGGAACGUCGAUGGAACGCUGGGGAUUUCGAAUUUGGAAUGUUGUGUUCUUUUUUUUUAAUUUUUAGAUGCAAUAGUGUUUUAUAGUUGGAUAGUGUCGAAGUGAUUUAUGAUUUUGAACACCAUUUAUAUUGUAUAAUUUUAUGCUGAAAUUUUGUUUUUUUUUUCUGUUAGGCCGUAAUUUAGUUUUUUUAUGUUAUUGUCAAUUUGAAUACCAAAUAUUGGAUUAAAAAUAGAUUGGAAUAUUAAUUAUGAAAAUGUACCGAAAUUGUUAUACAUUUAAAAAAUAGAUUAAAAACUCAAAAUAAAGUUUAUAUAUGAUAUUCUCUUAUAUUAUUUAAAUAAAACAUAAGUAUUGAUUGAAAUCGUAUAACAGAUAGAAUAUUUCUCAAAACAAUCACAAUAAACAUAAUAAUUUAAUUUUUUCGUACGCAAAAACAAAUAUAACGGCGAAUUCCCUAGUAUGAAGUAAAAAUGUAAUAUUAAAGGUACUCAAACUUCACUCAAUAUAAGCACAAAGUUGAGCGCGUCUCAAAAUUGAGUUAGGUUUGAGUUGCGCUCAAGAUGAUAAUGCGAAAUAAAAAUAUGUCUUGUAAAUGUACGAACCGUAUAUAUUCGCGUAUAUAUAGCAUUUAUAUUAUAUAAAAAGAAAUCAAUUAUUAGAACGCUCAACUAUGCACUAAUAAGAAUAAAUAAAAUUAUAAAAUUGAGUUAUUUUUAGAUAGAGGUAUUGUUCGUUGGUUGGAAAGAGAGGGAAGAUCUCUAGGUACUCUGUCUGUCUCUUUCUGUCUAUAUAGAGAAAAUGAUUCUUACUUAACACUAGCUAUGCCCCGCGGUUUUACCCGCAUUAUUCCGCUCCUAUUAGUCUUAGCUUUAUGAUCUAUAGCCUAUAGCUAACUUCAAUAAAUGGACUAUGUAACAGUGAAACAAUUUUUCAAAUCGGUCCCGUAGUUCCGGAGAUAAGCGCGAACAAACAAAUUGACUCUUCAGCUUUACAAUAUGAGUUUAUAUAGAAGUUUGCGUGAAAAGGAACGCAAUGAUGCGAGAGAGAGACAGAUAGAAUACCAUGAUUUGUAUCUCUUUCUAACACAUGGACGUUUUCAUUCUCUAUCUAUUAAUAACUCUAUAUUUUUAACGGAAAAGACUUGGGUUUCGAAAUGACAAAUAUAUUUCUAUGAAAGUGUCAAUGAAGGGGCAAAUGUGCCCCUUUGCCCCACACGGGGAUGGAUUUUGGGGCAUUUUUAAGUUUCGCUUCUUACAACGGGGCUGUGUGGUUUUGAUAGUUUAAUUUUUCUUAAUAAAUGUUGAGAAAAGUAGGGGAAGUAAUAAAUAUAUCAUGCUGGUAGAUAUGAAUUAAAUAUAUAUACAGCGUGUUUUCUUUUCCAAUUUUGUUUUUAUUGUUUAAAAAUGUCUUUUUUUAGUAAUCUAAGUUAAAUCGUCAAAAGUACACACGCCGUUGUAAAAGCGAUACGACGCCAUUUUGAAAAAUCACAAAACAAAAAAUGAGAAGUUACCGCGCGGUUAUUCACUAAUUUCGUUUUUAAAUAUAGUUUACGACGUUUGUGCUGUCCGUACGUACGGCCUUAGUUGUGUGGUUAGCGCUAGUGUAUAUAUAUAUAACAAAUUAGGUUUAAGUUUUUUUGUUUGUUUGCACGUGAAGAAAACGUCGAUUUUUCGCGAGGUAGAGUGGUUUUUGUUCCGUACGCCUUUAACUUGAUGGUAUAUAGGAUGUUGUUUUUUUUUUGUAAUUAAUAAUAAUGGUUAAAUUAAUUUGCGGGACAGAAAUCGUUUCGACUCGUUU